AUGAAGACCAACAACAGCCUGACUCCCUCCUAUUUUCAGUUCACUGUGUUUGCAGACUAUGGGCCCCUCAGAUAUCUUUUAUUCAGCCUGUCUCUUUUGAUCUACAUCACUAUAAUCUCUGCUAAUGUUGCCAUUGUUCUGUCAGUCUGCCUGGAGACCUCUCUGCAUCAGCCCAUGUAUAUUUUCAUCUGCUCUCUGUGUUUAAACUCUUUGUAUGGCUCGACCGGCUUCUUCCCCAGGUUUCUGAUGGACCUUCUGUCUGACACUCAUUUCAUUUCAUUUCCAUUCUGUUUUCUACAGGUGUACAUUACUAACACUUAUCUUGGGCAUGAGUUGACUCUGCUCACUAUCAUGGCCUAUGAUAGGUUUGUUGCUGUUUGCCAGCCUUUACACUAUCAUAGUAAAAUGACAUUUCGGACAGUCCUGCUGCUUUUGAUUUUUGCUGUGCUGUACCCUCUGUGUGUUUUAGGCUUCUUUGUCUAUCAUGUCAGCAGUUUGCCUUUGUGUGAAAAUCAACUGCCCAGGAUUUUUUGCACGAUCUGGGUUAUAAUUAAGCUCCCAUGUGUGGACACAACUGUCAUCAGCAUAGCAAGUCAGAUUAUUGCUGUGAUAUCAGUCUUUAUCCCCCUGUUCUUUGUCCUGUACACCUACCUGCACAUUCUGCUUGUCUGCAGGAGAGGUUCAUCUGAAUUCAGAGGAAAGGCCUUACAGACCUGCCUGCCCCACAUAGUGACUUUUGGAAACUUUUGCAUCUCUCUGUUCUGUGAGUUUUCAAUGACUAUGUAUAAUGUUGAGGAAGUAAAUACAUUUUCUAUUGCUUUAUCUCUGGAGUUUCUGAUCAUUCCUCCCAUCAUGAAUCCUCUAGUUUACGGCCUGAAUCUGCCUCAGAUCAAAGGAGUGAUUUUUGGAUUUUUAAGGGCAGAAAAAAUGGUUCGUUCUACAUAA